AUGACCGACGCCGACAAAUCAGUCAAAAGUGGGUUUCUUGGAAAUGUUAGAUCUCUCAAAAAGAUAAAAAUGUUUGAUCUACCGUUGAUAAAAUAUUUUUUGGAACUGUAAUGUUGUUUCAGAAAUGAAAAAGCUUCAGGUUGAAUUUUUUUUAUUCAAAACGUUUACAGAACUUAUCACCACUGAAAAAAUUGUAUUCAAAAACUCAAAAUUAUAUUUAAGAAAUCAGAAUUGAAGCCAUUCUUUUUAAAUUGUUUAAUUUUCAACAAAGAGAUGUAGAUUUUCAAAAACUGAAAUUUUAAGGUUUUUUUAAUAUAAAUUUUGAAUUUUUUUAGACUGGGAAACCUUUGACGAUGUAUCACUUCAGAGUAUAUCUGUAGUGAAUGAAGAACACCCUCAUCCUCUGGAAACAAAAUCUUCACCUGAGCCAGAACCGGAGCAAAAGCCUUCGUCAAAACCUGAGCCAAAAUCAGCGUCAAAACAAAUCAGUGAGCAAGAAAAAGUGGAUGCUAUUUUGGAUCCAACAAAACUCGACAGAAAAAUCCCGAAAGCCAGUGCGAUUUCUGCUCCAAAAAAUGUAAACGGCAAAGUAUUGGCUACAGUUUAUCCGGAUAACAUGAUUUGCGAUUGGGUGACUCCUCCAAACUACGAUGCCUACAGUAUGCCAUCGAUUUUGGCGAUUGAUUUACCGACGGUUUGUUUUUUGGGACACCUUAUCAUUUUGAGAAACAAAAAUAAAAUACAAAAAAUAGAAAAAUAAUUUAUUAUACUUUGAUAAGAUUCUACUGUUUACGUCAAUAAGUACGUAAAGUACGAUGUUGAAAAAAACAAUGAACUUUAACCAAAAAUAGUAUGAAAUUUGAGAAAUUUGUUUACAUACUUGAAAUUUUUGGUUCAGAAUUAUGAUGAAGAUUAUUAUUUACCUAAAGGCAACCCACACGAAAAUGCCAAAAUUGGUGCAGGAAAAUUUCAAAAAAUAAAGGACUACUAGAAAAUUUUACAAAAAAUGGAAAUUAAAUAUUUUUGAGAAAAUAUAUUAUGAAAAAAGAUUUUCAAAAAUUAGAUUUUACUAUUUAUAGGUUUGAAUAAUCAAGAAUAUUUUCUAGCACAUUAAAUUUCCGUUUUGAGAAUCAAAACAAUAAAAUAUCCUAUUUCUAUAUUUUCAGUGGUCACAAUCAGAAACUCUGAAAAUGAACAAACUUCUAUUCUAAAAAAUAAUUUUCCAGCUCCCUCCACCUGAUUACAUCAAUUCUGUUGAAGCUGUAAUAAAAGACAUACGCUUCAAACUCUUCUCUACAAUUUAUUCAAGAAUGGUUGCAAUAUGGAUGACUUUAUGGAUAUUCCUGUUAGCAAUCACACUUUUAUGUCAAACUAAAGGAGGCUGGCCAGUUAUGAUAUGGUGUUUGGUUUGGGCAGUAUUACUUUUUGUUGGAAUUUAUGUUUGUGCGGUUAUUCGAAAAAGGGUAAUUUUCUAUAAUCAGAAUACUACCAUAAAUAUUUUUUUGAAGAUUCGAAUCGGUCUUAAUAAAUGCAUUGAAAAUGCCAACAAAUAUUUAGUGGAUCACCAUUUCCUUUUAGGAAUUGAAGACAAAGGCCAAAUCAGUUGUCAUAAAGUUGUGGUAAGUCAUUUAUUUUUGAUUUUAAAAAUUCAAUAAGAAUGAAAUUUCUAGCUUCACUUCAUCCGAUUCAACGCUGGUGAAUGUACCACCGAAGUGAUGAGAUUGUUGAAAAUCAAACAAACUGGAGGUUGUGUUUUCGGAACACCUUCAACAAAUCAACCAAAUCAAAAUCAGAUGUCAAAUGAUGAAAUUGAAAGAGAAGCCAAUCGAUUGAUAUUGAGAUAUAGUCAAGAAUAUGUGAAAAGUGUAGUGAAAAAGCGACUUGUUUUCCCGUCGAAACCUAUGUAUGGAGUUUCGGAUUAUGCUCCAAAGCAUUGCAAGAGUCAAAUGUGUCUUUGCCAGUUUAUUGAGGAUGUAAGUUUUGAAUUGGGGCUUUUACAUAUUUUUGUUUUCAAAUUGAAAUCGUUAAAAUUUAAAUCGUUUGAAAUUCAACGCGGAAAGAAUUUCAUAAAAUAUUCCAGAACAUUUUCGAGAGAGCCUUUUUUCAGAUAUGAAAAUCAUAAUAUGUUCAUCUCAUUUUUACAUUUUCCAAACACACCUAUAAAUCCCAUUCUAAAAACCAAAAAAAAAUCCACACCCUGUUGAAUACAAAUUUUUCCCAAAAUCCUUUUUUUUCCAAUCCUUCCCCACUAUAUAAUUUUUUGCAGAGAAGAUUCAACGCGAAGCCGAAAAAGUGGUACGAAAAAUACAUUUAA